AUGGAAUCUCCCAUAGAUCGUCUCGACGAUGAUGUUCUGCUCAUCAUCCUCUCCUAUCUCGAGAGGCGAGAUCUCUGCGCCUUGUCGCUCACCUGCAAACACUUCCAUGUGAUCUCCUCUCCAAGAAUCUGGAAAAUCCUUCUGAUAGAUCGGGAUUUCUUCGUAUCCCGGUGGCAUGAGAAUAUCGGCACCAACGCUCAUUAUGUUCGUGAGAUGGUGAUCCGUGUCAACUUCGACAAGCCACCUACACUCGCCGAUGUCUUGUUCGCAACGACGAACAUCCGUUCCCUCGAGGUAUCCUAUCUGUCUCUCCUAUAUAACGACCCGCGUCUUUCUAUGGCUCUCGCAGGGCUGCGGGAGCUGCGGGAGCUCUCUUGCGGUUGUGUCGAGGACAAAAUGUUGCAGAUGAUCCAAAGUAUCCCCUCUCCCAAUCUCACAAGCCUCUGUCUAGGCUAUGAAGAGAAAUCAAACGUUUGCGAAUACCUCCCCUCCCUCAUCUCCGCCAUCGGAUCCUUCCCUCGCCUGUAUGCUCUCAUUCUAGCGUUUCUCAAGCCGACCACCGCUACCGACGUCACCGGGUACCCGCCAUUCACCUCCAUCCGGCAGCUCACCCUCACCUGGGUCACCGAGCCUGUGACUGACAUGAUCUAUCUCUGUCCCGACGUCACCUCCCUGGACCUUGGUGUCGACUAUCCUCGCCAAAUAUCGAUGACGUGGGGCACCAAGCUCUCUGACCCCACGGGAACUCUCUGGCAAGAGGUCGCCGCGGGCGCCCCGCGCCUGCGUGCGCUUGUGCUUCAUGUGGAGUCAUUCAACGCCGACGACGCCGACGACGAGGGGUAUGGACUCCCCUGGUGGGAUGCGCUCGUGCUGGAGCUCGCCCGCCUCCCGCUCGUCUGCCUCCAUCUCAAGGCGGACCCAGAAUUGUUUGAGUGGAAGGAGGACGUGGAGCGCCCAGAGUUGCCCGAGCGGGACGCGGAGCGCCAGCGCCUCCGCGCGUUCGCCGCGUUCCCCGGGAGGCUCGCCGCGGCCAUCCCCACACUGCGCGUGGUGGGGAUAUCGGAUGGGUGGCGCCAGUCGAAGGGCAUGCGGUCAACGCGGUGGUGGCGCGUCGAGCGCGGCGACGACCACGGCCACGGCGCGUCGCGGUGGUUGGUUGAGCUCUGGCGCGAAGACGGGGAGCGGGCGCUGCGGCUCGCGCAGAGGAGGCGUUUUACCCACGCGUCGUCAGAUUUCUUCGACCCAGACUCGAUACCCUUCCUUGAAACCCAGCAAUUUCCCCCCGCCGACCCAAUAAUGCCGUCUCUAGUUGAAGACGUCCUCUUGGAUGUCAUGAUGAUCUCCGAUAACAAGACCAUUUCUUGUCUCAUGCGAGCAAACAAGUCUCUCAACUAUCAAGGAGCGAAAUACCUCCUGAACACAGACAUUGUCGACCUGUACCGAAGCCGGGACCUGGACUCGCUCAUCCACUUCCUCGACGCUCAUGGAGGCUACCGAAUUCCGUUCCUUAAGGGUAUCUGCCUGGAGAUGGAUCCCCUCCAGCGGUCGACCGCACAGCGCCUAGAUGGUCUCUUGACGAAACAUGCUGAUAAAGUGUCCAUGAAGAAGCUUCACGCCCGCUGCCUCGAGUCUCUGCUCACGUCCCACCCGUUCCUCUCAGAUACGUUUUCGCGCCUUUCCACGCUCGAAGAUCUCCGUUUCGGUCUGAUGGGCAUCCUCGGAUCAAAGAUGCUGCAUAACUUCCAGUCGAAAGUCAAGGUCGCCAACCUCGAAUGGAUGCCGACCCCUAAGUUCGAUCACACCAACCACGAGAACAUGCACGCGGAAGAGGAUGCUCGGAAUGCGAUCCUUGUGGUCAAAAACUUCCAGUCCUCACUCAAAAGGUUGAAGACGAACCGUGCCCAGCUCCAGCGAUUCGACGGGAACAACAACUUUAAGGAAGUCUAUCCAUGCGUCACGGACCUCGAGCUCAGCAACGUCGUGAUCGACUCGAUUAGCACAGUUGCCGUCGCGCGCGCGUUCCCUAACCUCGAACACCUCGACACGGGCACGAACAACAACUGGAUCAGCGACCGCGACGAGCUCGACGACCAGCACGAGAUGAACGUCAUGGAGCAGACGCAGAAGGGCUCCUGGAGGUCGCUGAAGUCCGUCACCUCCGGCCUCGACGAUCUGUACAUCCUCAGCCCGACCUGCCACAUCCACGGCGUCCACAUCUCCGGCCCGAAGAUGCACAUCCGCUCUCUCCGACGCAUCCUGAAGCGCACACGGCCGGUCCACUUCGCCCUCUUGCAGUACGAAGGCAACCUCUUCACGCCCGGCCUGACGGAGAUGUUGCGCAAGCCGUGCGUGGAGCAGGUCGAGUGCUUCGAGACUGUGAUGCGCCUCGGGAGCGCUCUCCCAUCGGAUCUCAUCGAUGGACCCGCGAUGGUGAACAGCUGGGUCACCGGCAUCAGCGGGCUUCCGCGCCUGCGUGUGCUCGCGCUCGCGCUUUAUUGCUCGCUCACGCCGCCGGGCUCCCUGGCCGCGCCCGUGUCCUCUCGCGCUGAGCGGUUCUUCAGGGCGCUCGACUUCGACGCCCUCGCGCAGCGUCUCUUUUCAGCGAUCCCGACACUGGAGACGCUUGAGCUCGCGAUGCGGGGACUGUGCGGGCGGGAGCCAGUGUUUCUGCGCCGCGGACCGGAGAACAGGGAAUUCGAGACUGGCGCGGCGUUCACGGUGCAUUUGAUGGACAGGCUGUCGGAGUUCAAGGGGUGA